AUGGAAUCUAGGAAAAAUUGGGCCCACGAAGGGAAGGAUGAGAAGAAACAGCUGCAGCACUUUUCUCUAUUUGGUGGCGGCUUAUAUAACAGUAUCAGCGCUGUUCGCUGGAAUCCUUCUAAUCAAGAUGAGGUACUAAGUAGGAGGCCUCCUGCAAGUGUUUUUGUGUCCAAGGGCUUAUCUGAUAUAGCCUUUCUAAAUGAUGGGACAAGGGUACUUGCUUCUGACAUAAGUGGAGCAAUAAGUAUGUGGGACAGAAGAGCGAGUGUGCAUCCACAAAGGGUGCUCACAACUAAGAAGAGAAUCGGCCUUACUAGCAUCCAGUCACUUGGAGAUCAAGAACAAUCAAGAACUUAUAUCCGACGAAAGGGAAUACAGUCAAUCAACAUUAAUUCAUCCUGUCCAUAUCAGCUGGGAUUCCAUCUUAAUGAUGGUUGGUCUGGUGUUUUGGAUAUUAUAUAUGCAGUUGCGUCAACUUCUAGCAAUGGACUUCACGUUUUAGAUUUUUAUCCACACAGCAGCUCCCCAUGCCAUGUAGAUUAUGAUGAUUCAAAGAGUCAUCGGGAGACUGUCAAGCAUAAGCAAAGCGUUUUUGUGCCGCUAUCUAAACGUGUUACAUCUUGUGCCAUUCAUCCGCUUAAUGGCACCAUUGUUGCUGGAACCAUGAAUGCAUCUUUAUUAACGAUUUCCCAAAAGCACCUUUGCAAGAAAGGAGAUGGUGAAGAUGAGCAAUCAUGAAAGAGGAUAGACCCUGGAACUACAAAUCAUAAUACAGAGGCCAAUGAGAUACUUGUAAUACAAGCAUACAGCUAUAUCCAUAUAAAAUACAUGAUAUGAUGUUUGUAAUACAAGCAAGCCACUACAUCCAUAUACAAUACAUGAUAUGAUGUGCAGGGAGUAGAGGUGUUGUUGAG